AUGGACAAGCUACUCAACAUGAGUGAAUUUCCCAAGUGGCCGAUUAAGAAGUACGUUAGCAUGGUUGACUGUCGUGAUACAAUAGAGUUUGUGUCUGUAGCAAAAGACCUGUUUGCGAGCACCAACAUGUCAUUGAUACAGUAUCUGUCACUCGUACAAGAAUUGUUACGACAGACAUGCGCAACAAAGAAGUGGCUCAAUGACUUCUAUGACACUCGCAUGAACAUUAAUGUACGGGCAGCAAGAUCGCGUCUCACAAUGCUGGAGUUGGAGAAACAGUACAAGAACACAGAGAGAGAGUCCCCUAAUUGGCAAUUUCUCAAGUAUCACGCUACCAAUCACUAG